AUGAAGAACCUUUCGCUGUUCACACUGGUAGCCCUGGCGGCUAUCCCUAAUGUGUCCGCUCAUUAUUUCUUCCCUCAUUUCAUUGCCAAUGGGAACUUCACAGGAUACUACGAGUAUGUCCGUGAAGACACUCAGAACUAUAUGCCCAUGAAGGGCCAGUACUCAAGCAAAGACUUCCGCUGUAAUACUGGCUCCCAAGAUUUCGCCAGCAAGACGGGUGUCUAUAAAGUCAAAGCGGGCGACGAAAUUGGUUUCGGCACGGACUUCAACACCCUCAUUCAACACCCAGGUCCUCUCCAGGUCUACAUGUCCAAGGCCCCUGGUGACGUUCGUGACUACGAUGGAUCGGGUGCCUGGUUCAAAAUCUACGAGCUUGGUCCUGAAAAGUUCUCCAGUGAUGGAAUCACCUGGCGUGCGACCGAUACCGGAAAUUUCACUUUCGUGCUGCCCAAGGAGGUUCCUUCUGGUCAAUAUCUUGUUCGAAUUGAGCAUAUUGGUCUUCACGGGGCGGGUGACUGGGGUAGUGCAGAGUUUUACUUCAAUUGCGCACAGAUUGAGGUGGAGAGUGAUAGCACGGCUACUCCGAGUCCCACAGUUCAAAUCCCAGGUGUCUACGAUGGUAAUGAACCUGGCAUUCUUUUCUAUAUGUAUCGUCCUUGGAUCGUGAACUAUACGAUGCCUGGUCCAAAGCCAUUCCCUGAUCAAGCAUUGGCCAAUGUCACAGCUUCAGGUGUUAGUGUUGCUCCAACAGUGACCCCUUGGACCUUGCCAGCUGUGACUCGCUACCCUUCAUCUAUCUCUUCUUUAUACACCACCUCGGCCACCACAAGCAAAGCGAGCUCUUUGGGAGCUCCUUCUGUCUCUUUGUCGAGUACCCGAUUGUCGGUUACAAGUGAGCAAUCUACUACCAGCUCCGCUGAAACUGCUGUCAUCACUCCGAGUGCAAAGGUUGGAAGCACGCUGUCUGCAGAAGCUAUCAGCUCAAUCACCAACAAUGCAUCCUCCAACACUUCCAACGACAUGUGUGGACCUCCCGUUACAGUGACCAUACACACAACUGUAACCGUUCCUUACGCGCAGCCGAGCUAUGCUCCCUUUACCGUGACUACCACCACUACCACGACUGUUUUCCCAACUGAAACCACAAAGCCUUGA